AAGAAGCAUGUUGUACUGCUGUUUCUGUACUGGAAUCAGCCAACAUUCCAUUCCCAUACUGAAAUAAGUAUAUAUAUACUGCUGUUUAUGUACUGGAAUCAGCCAACAUUCCAUUACCAUACUGAAAUAAGUAUAUAUAUACUGCUAUCCAAACAAAAGCAGCUUACAUUGCUGUUUCCAUACUGGGAUUGUCACUGUACGGGACAGCCUACUAAUCUACUGGGAUUUUCACUGUAUGGGACAGCCUCCUAUCAUACUGGGAUUGUCACUGUACAAGACAGCCUACUAUCAUACUGGGAUUGUCACUGUACAAGACAGCCUACUAUCAUACUGGGAUUGUCACUGUACGAGACAGCCUACUAUCAUACUGGGAUUGUCACUGUACGGGACAGCCUACUAUCAUACUGGGAUUGUCACUGUACGGGACAGCCUACUAUCAUACUGGGAUUGUCACUGUACGGGACAGCCUACUAUCAUACUGGGAUUGUCACUGUACGGGACAGCCUACUAUCAUACUGGGAUUGUCACUGUACGGGACAGCCUACUAUCAUACUGGGAUUGUCACUGUACGGGACAGCCUACUAUCAUACUGGGAUUGUCACUGUACGGGACAGCCUACUAUCAUACUGGGAUUGUCACUGUACGGGACAGCCUACUAUCAUACUGGGAUUGUCACUGUACGGGACAGCCUACUAUCAUACUGGGAUUGUCACUGUACGGGACAGCCUACUAUCAUACUGGGAUUGUCACUGUACGGGACAGCCUACUAUCAUACUGGGAUUGUCACUGUACGGGACAGCCUACUAUCAUACUGGGAUUGUCACUGUACGGGACAGCCUACUAUCAUACUGGGAUUGUCACUGUACGGGACAGCCUACUAUCAUACUGGGAUUGUCACUGUACGGGACAGCCUACUAUCAUACUGGGAUUGUCACUGUACGAGACAGCCUACUAUCAUACUGGGAUUGUCACUGUACGAGACAGCCUACUAUCAUACUGGGAUUGUCACUGUACGAGACAGCCUACUAUCAUACUGGGAUUGUCACUGUACGAGACAGCCUACUAUCGUCCCUGAUGUACACGUGUGUCUAACUGCCUUACCAUUAUCAACACAAUGGUGUUCACACUGUAGCUAUACUGUUAACACACUGUAGUUAUACUGUUAACACACUGUAGUUAUACUGUUAACACACUGUAGUUAUACUGUUAACACACUGUAGUUAUACUGUUAACAUACUGCAAUUAUAACGUAAAUGUAUGUGAUUGUUAUGUAAUACAAAGUUGUGUAUAACUGAUAUUGAAAUAUAAACAUGCACUGGUACUAUACUGCAGUGAGUUUAUAUUCAACUGCAAUUAUACUCGUCCUACAAAUACUGCUAAUAUACUGACAACAGUGUGUGUUCAAUCAUCGUACCCAUUUUAUAAAUACACGUAUAUCACUGUUUACCCUGAAACUUGUGUAGUAGGAAUGGGUUCCCUCGUCACGUCCCUGUAAUUUCUAUAAAGAUAACUGUCUAUUGUUUAUAUUUUUAUCCUAUGUGUAUUUUAACCUUUACAUAACCAACAUUCCACUAACGACUGAUCUAUGUUUUACCUGUAUAAAUCCACCUGUUAAACUCCACUCUCGUUGUGUCCACAUUCCUAGCGACAUGCUGUUCAUAGCUUAACAUUUUACUGGAGCAACAUUCUAUUUUGUGUUACACAAAAACUUCAACAAGGAAGUAAGUAAAUCUACAAUUAUCCACUCUAGCUUUAUAUAUAUAAUACAAUUGUAUGUUUAACUAUGUGUAGGUUACAUCAUAUUUCUAUGUUACUAUGUGUUGGUUACAAUGUUUUUCUAUGUAACUAUGUGUAGGUUACAUCGUAUUUCUAUGUUACUAUGUGUUGGUAACAAUGUAUUUCUAUGUAACUAUGUGUUGGUAACAAUGUAUUUCUAUGUAACUAUGUGUAGGUUACAUUGUGUUUCUAUGUUACUAUGUGUAGGUUACAUUGUGUUUCUAUGUAACUAUGUGUAUAUUACAUUGUAUUUCUAUGUAACUAUGUGUAGAUUACAAUGUAUUUCUAUGUAACAAUGUGUAGGUUUCUGUAAAAUGUAUUUGUAACUAAUUAGGUAGGUUACAGUGUAUUCACUACCUCUGACAUCAAUGGUGCACUUGAUUGAUGACACAUGAGUGACAUUUUUAUUGAAUCACAGGUCUGAUAUUUUUACUAUUAAUGAGAAUCAUGCUAUCUGUGAAGCAUUACCUUAUACAAACAGUAUCAUUGUAUUGACCACAAUUAGAAACUUUUUACCAAUUUGAUUUCAAUUAAAUAACUAUAUGACAAGGUUGACAACUAGAUAACGAGGUUAAUACUGGAAGUAAAACUACAUUACCAAGUUAAUACUGGAUUUCGAGGUUAAAGAGUACAAAUAGAUAACCAGAUAAGUACCAGAAGUACAACUACAUAAUAUGGUUAAUACCAGAAGUACAACUACAUAAUAUGGUUAAUACCAGAAGUACAACUAGAUAAACAAGUUAAUAUUGGAUUUCGAGGUUGAAGCAGAAAAUACAACUGGAUAACAAGGUUAAUAUAGGAAGUACACCUGUAUAUUUGGGAUCUGUUAUCAAGUUCUAAAAGUAUUUGGUAAUGACAUACUACAUACCAUUCCUGAACUAUUUAUUUAUUAUAUGUGGUGAGAAAGUAAUUUGAAGAAAGAUCUCUAAUGUUAUUACAAAGGUUGGUUGGAAUUUUAUUAGAUUUUGUAAAUAAUGUGACCAUUCUUUUCUCUCUACAAUAUCGCAGUUAGAGCACGGGUACAUUCCUUUUUAUUCUCUCAAUCAAUAAAAUAAUAUCUAAGUAGAAUGAAGAGUCAAUACAGCACUUGGAA